ACGCGCAAUUGCAUCGACUGGCUGGAACCCUCUUCAAAUUCCGCUUCUGGGUACCUCAAUUUCCUCAUUAAUUACACACCAGAUUUCAACAAUUUCGUAGAUCAGAGUGCCAUUAAUUAACCCUCUAUUUUAAUAAUAUUAAUCUUGUAAAGUGCCCGACUAAAAAGGCAGAAGAUACCCAGCUGUUUGUUCUGAUUUGUUUUGUUUUCCCUUUGAUCUUUACUAGAAAUGAGCUUUGUUUGUUUCGUCUAGGGUUUCCCUCUCUCUCUUCUCUUUCUCUCUCUAGACUUGUAUGUAUAUUUGGGGAAUCCACAUUGCCAGAAAGAAAGAAAGAAAGAAAGAGAAGAGGUGAAAUAUUUCAUAUUUGCAUCACAAGAUCUUGGUUUUCGCUUUAAUGGCGGAAAUCCUCUGCUCAUUCAAUAAGGUACUCUGUUUUUUAGGGUUUUUGUUUGUGUUUUUUUUUAUGCGUUUUAUGAUGUUUUUUACUUUUUUUUUUGCAUUUGGUGAUAUGGGUUUUUUGUGGGUAUGAAUGCUUUGUUUGAAAGUUGAGAUUUUUGUUACUGAAUCUUGGUUUUGGUUGUUAGAUUUUGUAGUUGAAUAGUGCUUAAAUCUUGCAAUGUAUUUCAGUAAUUUGUUCUUCAGUUGUUAGGCAAAUAAAUGUACCCCUAUUAAAGUUUCAAACCUACUUACCAAAUCUACCUCAAGGUACAACUUUUAAUGCAUAAGGUACAAGAAACCACACAAGUAUUGCUCUAGAUUUGACCAUAAUCCCUAUGUAUCUUUGAUUGAUUUUAUGGAUGCUCUUACAAUCAAACCUCCUAAAAAGGCUUCAUUUGUGUUGAGAUUAAUGCUAUCGGCGUUUGCUAUGGCGUGUGGUAUUUAUAUAUGUUCGAUCUGUUUGAAGCAGAUGAACCUGCAAAACACGAAUACGUUUUUAUUAUUUGAAGACUUUGAGAGGCCCUGUUACGACACUGUUGUUGAUCGAUCUCAAAUCCCGUACUUGCACUACCCAAAACCAAAAACUUUCAAUAGGUCAGAAUGUGCUGGAAAUCCGGUGCGUUUAUUUGCCAUUGUAUCCAUGCAAAGAUCUGGAAGUGGAUGGUUUGAGACUUUGUUAAACAGUCAUGUAAAUGUGAGCUCGAAUGGUGAGAUUUUUGGUCCGAAAAGUCGGAGGGAUAACGCUUCAACUAUCGUUAAAACACUCGAUAAAGUUUACAAUUUGGAUUGGUUUACAAGUUCUUCCAAGAACGAGUGUUCGGCUGCAAUUGGCUUCAAAUGGAUGCUUAAUCAGGGAUUGAUGCAACAUCCAAAAGAGAUUAUACAAUACUUCAACGAUAGGGGCGUUAAUGUAAUUUUCCUUUUCCGGAGAAAUAUGUUGCGUAGAUUGGUCUCAAUGCUUGCAAAUGUGUACGAUAAAGAAGCCAAACUUCUAAACGGAGUCCAUGUGUCUCACGUACACUCAAACGAAGAGGCUUCUUUACUUUCAAAAUACAAGCCUAAAAUCAACGUAACGUCCCUGAAAUCGGAUCUGAGAGGAAUGGAAUCGACCGCCGUAAAGGCACUCAACUACUUUAACAGCACUCGCCACAUCAUAAUCUACUACGAAGAUCUCAUCAAAGACCCCACUCAGAAGCUCGUAGAAGUCGAAGACUUUCUGAAGCUGCCGCAAAUGAAUUUGACUAGUCAACAGGUGAAAAUACACAAAGGGGCGUUAUCAGAACACAUAGAAAACUUUGAUGAAGUCAACAAGACGCUCAGCGGAACAGCUUAUGAGAAGUUUCUUCAAGCUGAUUACUAACGGAAGCCUUGUGUAAAUAACUUGUGUUUCACGUAAUCAAAACCCGUUAAAGAUACCACUCAAAAACAACCAAAAAUGGCGGGUUUUUGUUCGUAUAGUGUGGUUUUGGUCCAGAUUUGUGUUAGGUUAUACAUGUGUUGAUGAAUGUUAGGCAGUGUUUUAGGUGGAUUUUUUUUUCUGGUUCCAGGAAACAUUUGAGAAUGUACAACUAGGUUAGGAAUUUACGGUUAGUAUCUCGCUAGCUGUCCCAAUGUUGUUGAAAGUCGAGAUAUGUGUUUUAUAGCGCGUGUCAAAAUCUAUUUGACAAUGCAAAUCAAGGUAAUCAAUGUUUUUUGGCCUUGUUGAUUCUCGUCGGAAAAUGGGCAUUACAUGAAGCAGAAUAUGUGUUGAACCAUUUACAUGAUCUUAAGUGCCUCCAAAUGAUAACAAGUUCAAUCA